AGCGUACAAUAACAGGUUGAUUAAUGGACCUGCAGACACAAUGCCAUUCAAUUCAUUUUGACCUCAAUUGGCGAUGACUCAGCACACCCACCCCCCACCACGUGAUGAAUGAAUGGAUGCCCUACGGAGUACUUCCUAAGCAGUUGUUACUGAGUGGCAACUGGCUAUGAAAUAAAAUGAAGUGGUCUGACCUCCAAAUCUUCAGAUGCUGAUCCAAAUUGUCCGUCAUGCUGGUUAGACAAUCACAAUCACAAUCACAGUCACAAUCAGCUGAUCAGAGACACAAAGUGGAAACUUCCAUGAGAGUCGACUUUAAUGCUGCCGCUGCUCAGCGCGAGGGGGGCCGAAAUUGCCAGACUUGGGUGGCUCUGCGGUUUCAUCCUGCUUUUUAUCCCCUGCUUUCGCUAUCAACCUGUAAUUCUAUUGAUUCUAUGCACAUGAAUGGUUUAACUUACAGAGUAGACAUACAUACACCAACAACUAAGAUGACCAGCCCUUCUUAUUUGGUUCUUUCUGUCCGUCGCGUCAACUUCUCGUGUCAGCUUCUUUCUUUCAUUCUCUCUUUCUUCCUUCCUUCCUUUCUUUCUUUCUUUUCUUUCUUUUUUCUUUUUUUUUUCCCGCCCUUUUCGAGGCUGUGUUCCUUUUGCUUCUUGGAUACAUCCAUUUCGACGCUGCUUCACGUGGAAUGGAUUUUUGGCCCUUUGCUUCACGGUUCGCAUUCUGAAACAAACCACCGUCCAACCCGCGCUUGUCUCUGACGUUUGCUGUCAUGGUCUGCCUUAUUUUGUCCAGGUAGAGAAGAAGAACAAUGAAGAAGGAUUCUGCUGUCGGUUCUGUUAGUUUUGUGUCACUUCCUCAACGUGCUCGCGGCGCUAC